AGGUGUUAUCCUCAAAAGGACAGUGUAUAAAAACCGGAAGUAAACACACACCACACAAAUAAACCUGUACAACAACGGCUUUGCGGCAGCGUCCCACACGGGCCAUGAAGGGAAAUUCAACCACCUUUUUUGCUAGGCGGCAGCUGUGCUGUUGAAACUGUUUCAAAAACGAAAGAAAGACCGCAAGCACGCAAAACAAGAAAAACUGGUCCUUCUCUCACUUCAUCCUCACCAUGGUGUUGCUCGUCCCCAUCGUGGUAGUCGGCUGCGUCGCCUUUCUCCUCAUCUCCACCGGUGUUGUCUGCUUCAUUCACUAUCGCAACAUCGGCAAACCAGUCCGUGGAAUCGUCUUGCGCGAGGACAGCGUCGUCGCCGUGCCCGGGAGGGUGGUCGAGCUUGGGCAAACCACGCAAAACAAUUCAAACGCGAGUGCCGCCGCUCCCUCGGUAAUCAGCGGCGAUGGAACUCAUGCAGGGGCACCUCCACGCUCGGAAACGCUACCCGGUCGUGCAGCGACAGCUGCGGACAGGAGCAACAGCGGAUACGCUAUGCGCGAGGUGCUGAAUCUUAGCAAGGGGGAGCAGCGACGCCGUGAGCUGCACAACCGACGUCUCAGCGUCGAGGACACGCGCACGGAGUACGCGACGCACUCCGACGGCACGCCGCCGGCUCAGCCGGUAACAUUUUUUCGCCCAUUUCGGCCGUCCGCCUUCCAAGAGGAGGCGGAGGAAAGCGCGGCGAGCCCGCCAACACAGCAAGGUCGUCAGAUAGAGGACCAAGCCGCCAACAUUGACUACGGUCGAUACCUUGUGGCCGUCAAUAUCACGCUACGCGAAUCGCCGAGUCGGCCCCGCAAGGCCCGCAAAGCUGACGAGACACCGAUUGAUCCUUUCGGCGGGAGAACGGAGCAAGACUGGGCCGCGCUGCAUGACACGAGCGGCAUCGAUUACAUGACAAACGAGGAAACCGAAUACUUGCCUAGAAACGCGGAGCCGCGCGAACCGCCCGAGGUUCCCUUGUAA